GCCACCUGGUGCCAAAAUUGAGUUGGAAGGAAUUUGGGUAACCCAACUGGGCAACACUGGAUCAGAGACUAGUAACUACACUUGAUCACGUCUAUACUAGGCCUAUAUAGCCAAAAUCACAAUCUUUCGAGGAUGGAUGAAAAGCAACAAAUUUUACGUGCAGUCAGCCGCGGUGACAUCGAGGCAUUGCGAAAAAUGAACGACAACUCCGGAUUGGACUGGAGUAAGUGCGUUUACGACAAAACGGGAGACUCCGCACUUCAUGUCGCCGCAAGAACCGGUCAUCUUCUUCUAAUGAGAUAUCUCCAUGAGGAUUGUGGGAUGAAUUUGGAACAGACAAAUUUGGAUGGAAAGCGGCCUCUACAUGACGCCGCCCAAUUUUGCAACUUCAAAUGUGUCGAAUACCUUAUUGGUCAAGGUGUCGAAAUCGACCCGAGUAAACGAGCGGAUUGGACUCCUUUAAUGUUGGCAUGCACCAAGCAAGAUGAUGUCAUCGUUAAAUUUCUUAUAGAUCACGGGGCAUCACCGGUGUUGCGCAACAAAGAUGGUUGGAAUAGUUUUCAUUUAGCUUGUCGGGAGGGGAACGCAUCCAUCGUUAGUUAUCUACUCAGCAAAGAUUUAACUUUACUACAGAGUAAAAGCAAAAAUGGACGAACACCUUUACACACAGCAGCGCUUCACGGAAAUUUGGAUGUUGUCAAUCUGCUGAUUGACGGUCUUAAUUAUCCGGAGGACGUGAAAGAUACAUGCGGAACGACUCCUUUAAUGGAUGCAGUGCGUUCAGGCCACGUAGAAAUUGCUCGCCGUUUGGUGGACUCCAAAGUUUGCAGUUGUGAAUGCAGUGAUGGCAUGGGCAGAUUAUCCAUUCAUUUAGCGGCACAGGCCGGAAGCAUUCAAUCCAUCGAUUUUCUAAUUGACGAGUGCGGAACGGAUGUUAAUUCUCCUGCCAACGAUCUGUCACGACCGCUUCAUUUGGCCUCAAGAGAAGGUCACACGAAUGCCGUUCAACAUCUUCUAGAACGAGGAGCGGAUGAUUCUUUGAAAGACUCUCAUGGAAGAACGGAAUUUCGCCCUGAUGGUUGCAAACAGCUAUAAUCGAAUAAGCUGUGCGGAAAUUCUUGAAAGAAAACUGGUAGAAUUACAAUUUGUGACUGACUGAUGAAUAAUUGGCAUGCUUUUUAUCAAAGUGGAUCGGCGAAUAAAUUAAAAGCUUGUUUCAAAUG